AUGCCUCCUAGGUUUUAUGCUGGAACGCUCAAGGAAGAGGAGAAGAAGUGUGAAAGUCAGCAACCGAAGGCAAAGACAUUCACAUCUCUCUAUGCCACUCCUAAGGAGAUCCCACUUCCUUAUUCCCCGUGUUCCUCCCCUCCAUCUCCCUAUAUCGUUAACCACAAAGCACGCAGACCAGCGAAGAGAUCCUCUGUGCUGGAUGUGCCUUGUCACCCCGUAACCCUUUGUGAUGAUGUGGAGGUUACUACUACUACUACUAGUACAUCCUCCACAUCUUUAUCGUUUCCUAUCAGCGUGGCUACUUCAGAGGAUGACACUAAACAUCCUGUUUGGGAUUCUACUCCUCCUCAGGGGACAUUUUGGUCUUCAAAUCAUAUCAGUAAUGGUGGGAUCAGACACACUUCUGAUGCCAAUUGUCUAGCAUGGGAAACUAACUUAUUGGAAUCAGUCAGAACCAAAGCUAACAAGGAGGAUCAUGAUGAACCUGAAUAUUUAUACAACAGAGGCCAAUCAGUAAGCUGCUACACAAGCGUUUCAGAUGACGCAGGAGCUGAAAAUUCACACAAUCUCUCUUCAUCUGGUGUAGAGUUUUAUGAUGCUCCUGAUGAACUAUCAAGCGCCAGCGGAACGCCGAGUUCAGUUAACAACAACAUUGAAGCUGAGCUGAGGUUGAGUUUGCUGAUGGAAAGCGAGAAGAGAAGGCAAGCAGAGGAGACACUGGAGCAUAUGCAAGUGCAUUGGCGGAGACUCCGAGAGCAGUUGGCCCAUGCGGGUGUAUUCGUUCCUCUAGAUCCUACCAGCACCGAGUACAUAAUGAACAUAGCAGAUGAACUACGUUGUCAGCUCGAGUUCACCAGGUUUGUCUCGGACUCACUUGACAUUGAGUUGGCCAAAGCAGAGGUGGAGAUGGAGAUGGCUUCUGAGCUCGAAGCAAAGAAGUUUGAAAUCACCCACUUAUCUAACCGCCUUCACUAUUAUGAGACUGUAAACCAGGAAAUGUCACAGCGCAACCAAGAGGCCAUAGGUAAGGAGAAACCAAAACAAGAACAUGUUGUUUUUUUUGUCUUGAUAUUAUUUAAAAAAAUUGUUGAUAGAGCAGAGGGUGGAAGGCGAGAGGGGGAGAAGAGAAAGAAGAGGCAGAGAUGGAGAUGGGGAGCAAUUGCAGUAACCAUGACGCUUGGUGGUGCAGUCUUGGCUUGGCCAUACUCAUUGACAAGUGUAUCUCAACCUCAGCCAUCACCCUAA